AUGAAGUCGGGGCGGGCACCCACCGCCAGCAGCAGCUCCAGGCCGGCCACCCAGCGAGCGCAGCCCCCAAAGCAGGACUGGCGGAUCUCCUUUGGGUUCUGGAUCGAGCUCGAUGCGCUGUAUCACGCGUACCCACCGCCGCCGAAGCCUCGCUGCCCGGCACUGCCGCAUGACUCAGCCCCAGAAUGGAAGAAGAGACUCGUUCCGGAUGACAUUGAGCGAUUUCUUGGCAACCCCGCGGCAACUGCUUGCCUUCGUGCGGUCACUAGCAACAUCCAAGCUGACGCUGUUAACGGGUUCACCAACUUUAUCAUCAGCGGCGGGAGUAGCAUGGGCAAGUCCACAUUUGCGGGCAUCCUCCGGAGGACGCUGCUGUCCUUGACAACUGACGUGCCUUGCCGGUUUGCAACUCUUAAUGCUAGCGGAAUAGCGGAAAAAUCGCUACUAAGCAAGUUAGAAGACGCUGUGAAGAGGCUGGACGCUUCAAAGACCGGUGCACCGUCAUACCUAACAAUCGAGCACUUCGAAAGCGUGACCCCGAGCGUACAGCAGCACUUCUUCGUGCCGCUGCUCGCUGACGCAAACGCCAAGCGAGUUUUUGUGAUUUUGCUCGUGCGUCCUGAUGCAAACAAGCUCGCGGAGCAGAUCAAAGCCCAGGCAAUGAAAGUGCAUCUCCACAGUCUGUCUGCGAACCUCGUGAGAACAAAGUUGUUGCUGAUUUGCCAGCAAGAGCGGAUUGGUUAUACUCGAGAAGGGCUUGAAGAACUUGCCAAGCUCUGCUCUUUCAAGUUGAUGCCAUGCCUAGAGAAGAUGCAUGAAAUCUUCCUCAAGCAAUAUCUUAUAAGUGAAGCGAACGUGGUCAAAGUGAGUCAGCCGACAUCCAGCACAGCUGGUCCUCCGGGGCUGUCACCUUUCCCGCUUUCAAUUCUGCGGAUGAGUGAGCCUCUUCGCCGCUGCCCCAAGUGCACACUACUACCGCCAUGUUCGCACUUGCCGCUGGAAAAGCUGUACGCCAAGAUUGACCAAGCACGAGCUUCGUACCCAGAAAAUGGAAACAAACGUGUAAGCAGUAUCGGGCGUAACGCCGAACAACAGAAGGUGGAUACUCGAAAGGAACUUGCAGCUUGUGAGCAACUGAAACGUGAACUAUUACGCUGUCGUCAAGCACUUGCGGACCUGGAGACUCAGCGGUACCUGUUCGCUCGCGAUCGAGGCAAAACAGCCAAGUGGGGUGGCGCAAAGAAAGCGGCGGACGAGCAGCUUGCGCGAAUGGACGCGAAAUUGAACUCCGCCCAUGACAAUAUCAAUCGGCUAGAACAAGACUUGUCCUCUCGCCAGGAAACGCUGGACAAGUUGCAAGAUGCGAUCGUCCAUGGGCGCAGCAAAGGCCUUGGCAAGGGCCACGGUCGAAUUGAAGGCAAACCAGAGGAGAAACAGCGAACUAAGUCGACUGUCGUCGUAGCUGUGUAA